AUCGGGCCCCUUCUUCCGUGCGUUCUCCGCCGAGUCCAGUUAUGGUCGCCGGCGACGGCAAGUAAUUCUCCAUCUCCGGCUUGCCGGAGAACUCAAUUACACUUACGAGGCGUCCUUUCAAAUUUUUUUUUUGUCCUGCAGCCACUGCCGAGCGCUGCCUACCAUCGCUCUUUGAGGGUACUGUUUUAUUUUCAAUGGAAUCAUCAAAUUCUUAUUAUGAAGACGGCACAGUCGAAACUGAUGAAGAUUCUGUUGUUGAAAAAGUGAACUUUGAUAUUAGAACAGAUGCUUCUUCUAAAGAUUGUGUAUCAGGUGAUAACGAGAUAUUGAAUUCAAUGCAAGCUAUGGAAGAACUCAAUGUUGGUCAUCUAAACCCCGAAGAUUCGUCCACCGUUGCUGAUGACAGCAUGCACUUAGAGCCUGAAGUCGGCAUGGUCUUCUACUCCGAAGAACAAGCUUAUGAUGUCUAUAAUAAAUAUGCGAAGAAGAAAGGUUUUAGCGUCCGAAAAGGUCAUCUUGGCAGAAGGAAAGACGGCACCAUUAGGGAUAGAGUUUAUCUUUGCAGCUACGAAGGCACCCGUCAGAAGCAUUCCACACAUAACACGAGAAAACCACGUCCAGUUUUCCGAACAAACUGCAUGGCUAGGAUCGAGUACAAAGUGAACCGCGAUGGAAUAUGGGUUGUGAACAAAGUCAUAAAGGAGCACAAUCAUCCCCUCAUUCGCGAAAGCAAAGCUCACUUGUUAAGAUCUCAUCGGCGGUUGUUGCUUGCUGCUCAAGAUGGCCAACAGGUGAAUCAAACUGAGAAUUCUUCAGCAAAAUCAGCUGAAGUUGUUUCAGGAGGAGGACAAGAUUUCGAAAGUGAAUCCCCUGUGGGCUUUCUUCUAAGGGUUCAAAGCAGCCAUCUUCAUACUGAUAGGAUGAGAGAGCUUGAUAAAGGAGAAAUGCAGAUGCUUCUAGACUUUCUGAGAAGAAAGCAGUUGGAAGAUCCAUCUUUUUUUUAUGGAACUCAACUUGAUGACAAAGAACAGGUGACAAACAUAUUUUGGGCAGAUGCGAGAUCCAUGCUUGAUUACUCCUACUUCGGUGAUGUGGUUUUGUUUGAUACAACAUACCGAAUUAACAAAAACGACCUUCCAAUUGCACAAUUUAUUGGGGUAAACCAUCAUAAACAACUUGUAGUUUUUGGUUCUGCUUUACUGCUCGACGAAACAACAGAAUCAUUUGUGUGGUUGUUUAGGACAUUUACGUCUGCAAUGUCAGGUUGCCAACCAAAAACAAUCCUUACAGAUCAGUGCCCUGCAAUUGGCAGGGCUGUGAUUAUGACAUUACCAAACUCAUCCCAUCGUUUUUGUUUAUGGCACAUUUUGCAAAAUGCUGCAAAAAAUCUCUCUCAUUUAUAUAGCAGCGAUUCCAACUUUCAGAAGGAUUUCAAAAGCUACAUUUAUGAAAGUAGCUCUGAAGAUGAUUUCCAUUCUGGGUGGAUUCUUUUGCUUGAUAAAUAUGAUUUUGCUGGAAACUCGUACCUUGAUGAUCUAUUUGGAGCUCGUGAAAGAUGGGCCUCUGUCUACAAUGGAAAUACAUUUUGCGCGAGUAUGAUGACUUUGGAGUGGAGCGAUAUCAUGAAGAAGCACUUCAGGAAGCAUUUUAACAGAAAAUUACCUCUAUCAAAAUUUAUCGAGCAAUAUUCGAAAUCAUUAUUUCAGUACCAUGAGAAGGAAUUACAAGAAGAUUUUAGAUCAAAACAAAGUAGACCUGUGUUACUGGUUGAUAUGCCAAUGCUUAAUGAAGCAGCAGAAUCCUACACAAGACUAUUAUAUAGGGAUUUUGAAGCUGAGUUCAAAGGACAGCUAUCGUGCCUCUGUGAACUUAUUCGCACUGACGAAAUAACGUAUAUUUUCAGGGUCUCUCUUCCUGAGAAGCGUUGUUACGGAAUCGUGGAAUUCAGCCCUUCGAAUUAUACUGUAAUUUGCAGCUGUAAGAAGUUUGAGUCUACAGGAAUCUUAUGCAUGCAUGCUUUGAAAGUUUUGAAUAACAAUAACAUCCUUCAUCUCCCACGUCACUAUAUUAUGAAGAGGUGGACUAAGUAUGCUAAUGAUGGAAUUGCGAACGAGAAGUUUCAGUCAAUCAUCGACGCGAAUGCUGCUGAAUCUCUGAUGCUUCAGUACAGUCGAGUCUGCCACAAGGCGAUUAUGAUUUGUUUAAAGAACUCAUGCUCCAAAGUGGGGUUGGGUAAGUUUGAGCACGAUGUGGACAAGUUGAUGAUUGAGGUGGAGAACUCGCUGCAUAAUUCUUCAUUGAUCAGGCAAACAGAAGAAAUGGAUAAUUUUGAAGGAAUGCAACUGGAUGCAUCCGAAACAAGGAAGAAAAGGAGAGGGCGAAAAAGUCAAUCGAAAGAUAUUCUUGAUAAAAAGUUGAAAGGCAAAGAUCAACCAUGCUGCACUUCAGGCCAAGUUGACAUUUUAGCUCACCCAUCCCAAAGACAAACUAACAAUGCAUCAUUGAGACCGAUGGUUGAGGAUUCAGCUCACAUUUCACCUUUUUAUAGAGAAACUACCGCCGCAUAUUGCAAUAUCAUUUCAGCACAACCUUCUAGUAUUUCAGGAUGCGCAUCGUUCCCGCCCGACACCAUAUUGCCUCCACAGGAAUCAUUCACUUCUUCACAAGUUAUAGUUGAUCAUACACUUGUUUCCCAAGGAACAAAUAGUCCUAACUUGGCAUGGUGCUCUUCGAGGGGCAGGGCAUCCAUCAGUGUACCCGUGCCACUCAUGCAGGGACAAAACAGCAGUUAUCUUAGUUGGGUUGUUCCAACACACAAUAUUUCGAAUGUCGGCUUGCCGCCGCGACAUUUAGAACCAUUAAUGCAUGCAACCGUUCCAAAUCAGCAUGCAUCUUUAUCUCGAAAGCUGAACUUUGACAUCAACAAAGAUGAUGUCAAUUUCAGGUAAUUGAGCGGGCUCAAAUAUGCAAUAAAGGAACAAGUUAGGACUUGUGAACCUUAAAGAUAAGGCUGCAAGUUCUAUUUUCUUUAGCAGUUUUGGCUAUUCCUUUGUUUGAUAAACUAAUGUAGAAAUCAUCACUCAUGGUCCUCAUCUUCUUUUUUUUUUGUUUUGUCUAUAUUCUGAUUUAUGCUCACCAACUUAAACAUGUACCUUGAUAUGUAUAGUUCAGUUUAAUAUAGUGGAAAUCAGUUUCAUUCUUAAGUAAAUUUAAUGUAUGGCUUCAGUUUGAUAAACGUGUGUGCUUCUCACACUGUUCCACCUUAUAUAUUGAAUUUAUUAAUGUAUAAACCUUUACUGAAAUGGCACACUGAAGCUUCUGACCACCAUUGCUUUAUCUUCUGUUUUUUGAUUCAUCCAAUCAUCCCAUUUAUGGACCAACUUUACACAAAUAGCAGUAUUUUGGUUUAGUUCCAAUCCAGCUCUUUCUAGAGAAGAACCAAACCAACCAAACCUUUGAUCACUUUGAUAUAGCUAUCCUUUAUGUUUUGCAAAAAAUUUAAUGUUAUUUUAUCAUAUAUUCUUUUUUGUGAAAUUUAAGGUUGAUUUAUUGAUUGAUGGGACUCCAUAUUUUGUUCUGUU